UUGAACAUUUGUCACUAUGGUGAUAAAAGCUGCAAAAUCAAAGCUGACAAUUUCCUAAUUUCUAAUAAUAAAAAUAAAUAUACGUGAAAAAAUGAUUAUAUAUAUUUAUAUUUUUUAACACAAAGAAAUAAGUUACACUAUAACUAGCCUGACAAGUUAGGUACUUCAUUAUAUUGAAAAAUAAAUUGACAAAAAAACUAAUGCAAUAAAAAUAUCGUCAAUAGUCAACAAAUUCCUUUAAAAUGAAUAGGAAAAGAAACGUUAGUUAUAUAAAGCCUGAAGAUCCACAUUUUCUAAAAAUUCUCAAAAAAGAAGCUGGUUAUGAUAACACUAACCAUAAAUUUGAUAAACUUGAGAAUGAUGAAGAAGAUUUUGUUGAGGAUGAAGAUAGCGAGCAACCGCAAAUUGUUGUUUUGAAGAAAGGGGAUCUUACAGCUGAAGAGUAUGAUAUUGAGAAGGAGAGGUUAAAGAAAGAGGAAUCAGAAAGUAAAGCAGACUUGAACCAGAAAGUUGUAUUCAAAGCCAGGAGUACUGCCAAUUCAGCAGAAAAGAAAGCCUCAAACCAGAAGUCAAAUAAAUCUUCAGUAAAGCCACAAAAAAAUAGCAACCUACUAUCAUUUGGUGUUGAGGAUGAAAGUGAUGAUGAUUCUGAUAGCUAAUAUCAUGUAGUAGUUAUUUUGUAUGUAGUAUUAAAUGUUAAGCUGUCAUUGUAUUACAAUCCUAUUUCUUUUGGAAGGUCAUCAAAUGUGAAUUUGUUUGUGGCUCAUACAUGUUCAUGAUUAUAGAUAAGCUGUGUAUAAUUUUUUAUGAAAAUACUGUACAUUUCAUUAGGUAUUCUUUUAAAACAGUGCCUCUUCUAACUUAUGUACAUUUUUCUACCCAUUGUAAUAGGUUAAAAAGAUUUAAAAUAUAAAAUUUCUUCAGGCAUUCAUUUAAUGUAACAUUUAUGUCAAAUUUAAUGGUCUGUGUUUAACUCUAUUCCAAAAAAAUUGGGAUGGUUUAAAUUUAUAGUAUGCAGAAAAACUAGCAUUUUUAGAUCAAAGUUUUUUAUUUGCAUACCACUUGAGAACAAAAAUAUUUCUGUUUCACCGAGUACAAUGUAUAAGUGAAAUUUAAGUUUCAUAGCUGAUUACAGUUCUUGUUAGUAAUAUACAUAUAAUUUAACACUGACUCAAUAGAGAUAAAUGUUUUUUUUUUUUAAAGCUUAGAACUGAUGAAAUUAACCUUAAAGCCAAUGGGUAUAGUUAUACUUUAAAGAUAUUUUUUUUUUACUAAUAGCAAUUCCUUGAGUAAUUAAGAAGUUAGUUUUUCAUUAGGAAACAACAAAAACUGUUUUAUACUUGGUAAAAUUGUAAGUAGUGUCAUAGUAAUAAAAUGUAUAAAUAUAGACAAAA